AUGAAUCCAACUGAAAUGCAGUACCAAGUACUUGCUAUGAUGAUCAAGGCAAGAGUCGAUAGUGAGGUGAUCACUAAAUCCAUCAACUUGCUCUCCAACCACCCCAUUUCCACCGACGUUUUUGACAGGUGUAACCUACCAUGUCUCAUCAUGAGAUAUGCCAGCCACAUCGGAGCCGCCAGGGAUCUACUCUUGAUAUACCGAACCAAGAAGACUUCUGAGAUGAAAAAUGACCAAUCACAACUUCUGGAGACGUUCUAUAAGGCGAAUAUGACAAUUUUCGAGGGAGCGGAGCCACCGGCAGUUCUGAAUGAGUUUCUGAGGAAGAUGUUGGAAGAUGAGGUUGAGGAAUAUGUACGCCUUGCAUACCGUCUACUCACUGACCUUGACUUCCACAUGGAAUUCUACUUGAAUAUCAUUGCCAGAGCCCGUCGUGAUAGACUCCGCAUUUUUGAAGCCGGAUGGCUUGUGGAUAAAGUCGAGAAGAUUCUGAGAUACGAGGAGAUUGUGGAUGAGGAUAUGGAUUCAGAUGUGGAGGAUGAAGAUCAAGAGUUUGCUGGACCCGCCUUGCCACCAAUGCAUGUUGUGGAUGAGAAUUUGGAGGAGGAGGAGGCUCCAGAAGAGGAUUCAGAUGCAGACGACUCUUUUGAUUGGGUUUCAGAAGACGAGGAAGAUGAGGACAGCGAUGAGUCUGGUUAUGAGGACGAGAGUGAUGAGAUGGUUGAGGAGAGACUUGAUGAGGAGGAGGAAGAGUUCAAUCAAUUCGGAGCAGCCAUCGGGGAGGUGUUCAUGAGGAAUUUGGCGAGAAGUUUGAAGUCUGGGAAUGAGAGAAAGAUCGAGAGUGCAAUUGAAGCCAUCUCCCACUUCCAACUCCACCCAUCAGUCUACAGGAAAUACGAGAUCUGUCGUCUGAUCUUCGAACUCAGCUUCCACAAUUUCAAUGCAAUGGUCAUGUUCAUCCAACUGGAGAGACGAGAAGAAGAAGUGUAUUCCCAGCAGAAGAUGGAAGUGUUCCACGAGUUUCUCAACUAUCUGGAUUCUGAUAAUAUUGAUUCUGUGAAUGUGUACAAAGUGAUGGCCGAGUACUUGAAGGAUAAGCGAUUCGAGAAGCAAGUUGUCAAAGUGUUUUUGAAUGGAUCAGUGACUCGUGAGCAAUUCGAAGACUGGGGAAUCAAAGAGCAUCUUCUGAAUUCUACUGAGAAAUCAGAUGACGUCAACGAGUUGAUUGAGAAGAUUAAGAAAUUGUGA